UCACUCAAUUCCCCUCCAAGUUUCUCUUCUUCAGUUUAACGAUUUCUUCACGAUUCAUCAUGUCUACCAACAUUUCACUCCGUGCUCUUCUCACUUCAUUCUUCAUGCUUCUUACGCUUCUAUCAUGCGCAUUAUCCGCACCUGUUUCUGCUGUGAUGCGUGAUGUCUGGGUACCAACAAUCAUCUCCCCCACAUCUGACUCCGCAUGGACUGUCGGAGAGACGUACCUCGUCACUUGGGAUACGUCCUCAGAACCUUCCCAGGUAACCAAUCCUACUGGCAAGAUCUACCUUCGCCAGGGCGAUGCAACCCAAUCUACUCCCAUCGAGUCUGGAUUUUCGCUUUCGGAUGGUGAAGUUUAUGUCACAGUCCCUGAUGAUACCACCGCUGGGACGUACAGGAUCGUUUUAUUCGGCGACUCUGGAAACUGGAGUGGAGAGUUCCCAAUUGCUGCAGCAUAGGCUACCUGCAGUGUUUUUUUUCAUCAAUCUGGCAAAAUGCCAAUUUACGAGAGCAAAAGAUCGGAAGUGAAGAGGUGUACGAUUUUGGUGGUUAUGAAUGGACUCAGACAAUGGACUCGGACAUGGAUAAUUGGCAUCUCAUUGGACUUCUUCGAUUUCAACACUUCAAUUCUACUGAACUUUGAAUUUGCAUUACUUUUGUUCUUUUAGCACAACUUCGCUUUUUCUUGUAGGCUGCGGUUCUGCUUUACCUAGUAUCACUUUGUGUACCAUGGCUAUCGUUGUAAAGGCUACUAUCUUGUAUCAUUACCGUAAUCCAUCUCAUCCAGGUUUCGUGACUCGUUAUGGGUUACAUACUUGGUUAACGUCGAUCGUGGGGCUUCGUGGGGUCGUCGAUCACUUUGCUUUUC